GAUACAGUACCGGUAGCGCGGGUCGUACUUUUCCCUUUCCACUGUACUUCUGCACCGAAUCCUGCAACUUCUUUUUCAUAUUUCCUCUCUCAUCCCAUUUCAUUCUUUUGGCUGCUUUACCCGCACCCCGCUACCCGUGGGCCCCGACGGGAGGAAAACCACAGCUUUACAACCUUAAAAACCCCUUCAGCUUUCUCUUUUGACUAAGAAUUGGAGCUGGAGCUGAGGCUGGAAAACUGCGAUUUGAGCUUUCUUGAGAAUCUCGAAUCCCUGAGCUUCACCCGACCGUGUGUACCGCCCUAUCGCAGAACGUCUCAUUUAACCAUCACUUGCUCGUGUGCUUUCGCUGCGCUUUUAGCACCUCGCAGCUAAUUUGCUCUUUUCUUCUUCUUGUUUUUUUAUAUUUUUAUGACUGGCAUGAUCGGUCGAUCUACAACCGCCUUAGAUAUCGUGCGCGAUUCAUUGAAUGAUCGCCAAUAACAACGCGAUGUCUUACAGAGAGUCAUCUGGCUCCUUUCCCACGCCUGACCGCACAUCGCUGCCAAAAAUGUUUACGAACGGGGAUUCCAGGCUGCGACACCUGCCUCCUAUAAAUUCUCCACCCCCACCCAAACGAUACAAGUCCGAGUCAACCCCAGCGACCGAUGCCGGCCACUCCAGAUACUAUUCACACUCCGUGGCGGCGAGUGAUCGAGUCCGAUCACGACAACCGUCUUCCGCGAUGGACCUGUACACACUGAUCGACAGAGAUCCGGUCGAUAAAGAUCCCCGCAGGAACGCUCGCUUUACUAGCAAUGGAUCGGUGGCCACACAGGCAUCCCACGCGUCGAACACAUCUCAAGUAUCGCGAUCAUCUCCGAUCAUAGUUUCCGAUCGCAAGAUACCCGAGAAAUACCCGAAUCACAAAGAGAACGGCCGAUUGUACCAUGGCUACCGGAAAGGAAUCUACCCGCUCCCGUGCGACGAGGAAGAACAGGACCGUCUCGACAUAUUCCACAAACUGUUCACGGUUGCACGGGCCGAGGAUGGCUUAAUCUAUGCACCACAUCCCCCGGGAUCCAAAAUUCUCGACCUGGGCUGUGGAACAGGCAUAUGGAGCAUCGAAGUUGCGAACAAAUACCCGGAUUCCUUCGUGGUCGGUGUUGACCUUGCGCCAAUACAACCGGCCAAUUUCCCGAAGAACUGCGAUUUCUAUGCUCCGUUCGACUUUGAAGCGCCCUGGACCAUGGGGGAGGAUUCAUGGGAUAUCAUCCACAUGCAGAUGGGGUGUGGUAGCGUCGCAAAUUGGCCAAGUCUCUACCGACGAGUCUUUCAGCAUCUCCGGCCGGGCGCCUGGUUUGAGCAGGUCGAAAUCGAUUUCCGACCCCGCGUCGAGGACAAAGAUGGUGAACCGGGACGCGCUAUGGCUAGCUGGUACUCGACCUUGAAGCAUGCAACUGAAGCUACUAUGCGGCCCCUGGCACAUAGCUCGAACGACACGAUCCGGAAUUUGCAAGAAGCGGGCUUCACCGAGAUCGACCACCAGAUCGUGGGAUUGCCUAUGAAUCCAUGGCAUCCCGAUUCCCAUGAGCAGAAGGUUGCGCGCUGGUACAAUUUGGCUAUCUCCGAGAGCGUUCAGCCAUUGUGUUUGGCUCCUUUCAGUCGGGUUCUUUCUUGGUCUAGGGAGCAGAUUGACCGCAUUGCAUUCGAUGUCAAACAGGAAGCUUUUGACAAAAAGAUCAAAACAUACAACCUUCUGCACAUUUAUCAAGCCCGAAAACCUGUCGAGGAAUAA